CCAUGAAUAGUGCCUGCUCUUGGUCAUAAGGGUGAUGGGCGCAAUGACUCCGUGUGGGACUGCUGUCCAGGGCAGGGACCUAGCUCAGAGUUUCAGGAUGGGACCACAGACAUCGGUAGCAGGAAACUCACUGUGCCUGAACCUUCUUCCCAGGAAGAGACUGACCCAGGGACUGAAGAACGCCCAGAGAAGAACAGGCAGAGGCGGCCAGAAGAACAGAGGACAAACACCUGAUUAUCUCAGCCUGGGCUGGACACCUGCUCCUACUCGCAGCAUGGACGCCACUUUGCUGCUGAACGUGGAGGGCGUCAAGAAGACCAUUCUGCACGGGGGCACCGGGGGCCUUCCGAACUUCGUCACUGGAUCUCGAGUGACCUUUCACUUCCGCACCACGAAAUGCGACCAGGACCGCACCGUGAUAGACGACAGCAAGCAGGUGGGCCACCCCAUGCACAUUAUCAUCGGCAACAUGUUCAAGCUGGAGGUCUGGGAAACCCUGCUGAUAUCCAUGCGGGUCAAGGAGGUGGCCGAGUUCUGGUGCGACACCAUCCACACAGGCGUCUACCCCAUCUUGUCCAGGAGCCUGCGGCAGGUGGCUGAGGGCAAAGACCCCACUGACUGGCAUCUGCACACCUGUGGUCUGGCCAACAUGUUCGCCUACCACACACUGGGCUAUGAGGACCUGGAUGAGCUGCAGAAGGAACCGCAGCCCCUGAUCUUUGUGAUUGAAUUGCUUCAGGUCGAGGCCCCCAGCGAGUACCAGCGGGACACGUGGAUCCUGAACACUGAGGAGAAGAUGCAGGCCGUGCCGGUCCUGCACGGAGAGGGCAACCGCCUCUUCAAGCUGGGCCGCUACGACGAGGCCUCCUCCAAGUACCAGGAAGCCAUCGUCUGCUUGCGGAACCUGCAGACCAAGGAGAAGCCCUGGGAGGUGCAGUGGCUGAAGCUGGAGAAGAUGAUCAACACCUUGACCCUCAACUACUGCCAGUGCCUGCUGAAGAAGGGGGAGUUCUACGAGGUGCUGGAGCACACCAGCGACAUCCUCCGCCACCACCCAGGGAUCGUGAAGGCUUAUUACGUACGCGCCCGGGCGCACGCCGAGGUGUGGAACGAGGCCGAGGCCAAGGCGGACCUGGAGAAGGUGCUGGAGCUGGAGCCGUCCAUGCGCAAAGCCGUGCGGCGGGAGCUGCGGCUGCUGGAGACCCGAAUGGAGGAGAAGGAGGAGGAGGAGCGGCUACGCUGCCGGAGCAUGCUGAGUUAGGGGGUGCGCGGCACUCCAGUCCCGGCCUGUCCGCCGCACAGGUGGG